AUGAAAGCAAAAAUUGUAAAUUAGAACCAGGAGCAGUAAGUAGAGGCUCUCAUCAAUUAUGUUGAGCAACUUGACAAAGCUAAAGGAGCAAACAAAUUUCUUGAGUUCCUUGAGUCGAUCAAUCCUUCUUUAAGAUCUUAAAAUAUUGAGUAAUAGGUUAGAUUAAUUGAAAAUGAUGCUUUUAAAAGGGCUAAGGAAUAGAAUAGAUUCUAAAGUAAAAUAGUUACAAAAAAAGUAUCAAGAGUUAGAAGUCUGCUUAAACUAGAUGGAGAUGAGUCAGAGACAGAAUUGCCUCCUGCAAUGAAGAUUAUAAGACCUAAAAUAUCUGACUAAGAAUUUUUAAAGAUGUAUUAGCAGAAAAACAACAUUCAUAGUUAAGAUAGAGAGAGUGCCAUCAACAUUGCUAUGAACAUAACCAUGCCAAAGUGA